AUGUUUGUCCCUCCUCACAACUAUUCUACAGGUCGACCGAACGUGCCUGCAACUCCGGCUUCAUCGAUGCCGCAAAGUGGCCACCACGAUGCGCUUCCUUCACAAGGAACUGCGCUGACGCCGGACUACUAUGUGCAGAAUCAUGUGUCACCUACUUAUACAAUGCGCCAGGCACUACGAAUUCCGGAGCUUUCAGGCUAUCUACAACAUUUCGGAAAAGCAAAGGAUGACUACAAGGGCAAAUACCUGGAAUAUGUGCUUGAAAACAAGGGGAUUGUUCUUAAUGCUCCUCCUCCCUUCUCAGUGAUUACAGACAAGGCGCACUAUCACAGCUACGGAGUAGUCCGUAUCAACAAUAUCCCCUUUACCAUUAGUGCUCAAGAGAUUUCCCAAUUCAUCAAUCGGUACGCUGCAAUCCCUAUGAUUAAGAAGAACCACGAAGGCUACCCAAUACAUAUCAUUAUGGAGAAGCCAACUGGUAAGACGAUGGACUGCUAUGUCGAAUUUCCCAACGAUGCUGCAGCAAAGGAGUGCGUCAAACGCUUUGAGUAUACUGCUCAACCAGGCCGCGGUACGAGACUCGGCACGCGAAAUGUGACGCUCGACCUUAGUAGCCAGGCUGAGCUAAUGAAGGCCAUCUUCCCUCGUGCCAGACUUGUUGUCUUCAGCGCCAGCGAUGGCAAGCCCCACAUCUUUGGCCGUGAGACGGAUCCUUCUUGGUCAGAUGGCUUUCGAGGAUUCGUUACUCUGGAGGAGAUCUAUGGCGUGACCAGGUUUGCCGAAAGCCCGAAUCGAUCACCCUUCGUUCUCAAAUGUCAUCAGCGAGUCUACGAGUGCAUGAUCAGUACGCUCUACAAGUUCCCAUGGGCUUCAACUCAACACUAUACGAUCGGCGCCCGCAAUGUCUUGUUCGAAGCUGUCUACAAGCAGCUCAGUAUUCUCGCGAAGAAAGUCAGUGCCCCAGCUACACGAACAUCUGGCGACGAAAGCUUCGCUCUCUACCACAACGGUCACAAGUCCAUCAGCAUGAGCGAUUCUCCUACGUCUCCUAUUACACUUGAGUCGAUCGGCGACCGAGAAGUUGGACUCGGCGAGCCUCUUCUCUUCGAUCUUUUGUUCGCAGCUGUGAACGUGCCCUCCUUCAGCUUACUUCAAAAGUCAGUGCUGUGUGAGGCAGCUGGUCGCUGCGGCGCAGGCAUCGGAUUGAGCAAAUUUCGCUCUACAUGGCCUUUUCAAACACUCGAGCCCGCAUCUGGUACACCAGACCAUGUCAUCGAGUUCUGGUUGACGCUCUUCGAUAGUGGCUAUGAUGUUAUGACGACCAAAGAGACCAAGACAACUUUCGAAGAAUACCUUAUCGUCAGUCGCAACAACAUCGGCUUUGCCAUCACUGAAUGGACACCUAAAGGGGCUGAUCUACCUUUCUCAGAGGCCUUGCGUGUUGAGAAGGCUGUGAUGAUGCAGUAUAUCAUCUGCGGUCGAGAUGCAUGGGCUCGGGAACGACAACUCUCGGUGGAGAAGUGGGGAGUGAUGACCUUGACUGAAUUGAGCAGAACUAUCACAAGUGAGAAGGCUCUUAUGUGUCGCCGUGCUGAGGUAGAAGAGCAGCCUGCUGACGAUCCUAAAGUCGAAGUCUCGCCAAAGUCAAGUGGCAUAUGGACCGCGACUGAUACUGAUACAACCAGCAAUGUUUCUGGCUCGUAUGUCGAUGUCGUGGGGCAAAUGCAAAGUGGAAGGAGCAAGUUCAAUCCAGCUACUGCCACGAAUUUCGUGCCUGGCUCUAUACAGAACUUGAUACCUUUGAACUGGCAAAUUGUUCAUAAUGGCCACCCCUUGAGGCUGAGCGUCGAUACAAGUAGGGGAUACGGUGGUGCUACUGUUACAGCUGCCGACUUCAAAAACCCGUUCGAAGUCCCUGCUUCCAAGCAACAAACUCCUCCGAACUUCUGUUCAGGCACGAUAACUACGCGCACUACAGAUGUCUCGCCUCUGGAGAGGACGUCGUUUGCCACUGGCUCCGAGUCGCCAAAUACUCAAAGUCCUGGUCAAUCAGGUUAUGAUGUUUCAAUUCGACCUCGGAGCGACGCGCCGAAUGUCGACUUCUCUCCGCAGAUCUCGGAUUUCUCUCGAAAGCUCUCGAUCGUGGUUGACCACAGACAUUUGAGCCAACCCAGCAACGAGUCCGGAGAUGCUGAGGCAACAUCGUAUGAUCGAAUGGAGGAACUUACAGAAUCUAUCACGACCUUGUCUCCAGAUGACGAUCCAUUUCUUUCGACAACUCUACAGCGAACACGAACGCAGACUCUGCCGAACCUGGGUGCAGGAAUUAUCAGCCGAAGCACAUCUUUCGAAACCGACCCUGGCAGACAGAAUUUCGGACCGAUUGGCAGCUUCCGACGAGAGUCUGUUGCUGCUGAUCGGGUCGCUUCGGAAGGUGUCAACACGAGCACUAGCUUGCUCAACCAGAAGUCCAGAGCUCAAAGCAUUCCAAUAGCCACGCACAAUGCUGACGCCAUGAAACGUCGAUAUCAAGGCCAACUGACUGGUGCUGAGUUGUGGAACAGAAUAGGUGGAAGGUAG